CGCACUCCGCUCCAGGAAUAGGACACAACAGCCAGGACACCCACGCCGUUAUGAGGCCGCCGAAUUCUGGCCAGGUCCAUGGUCGACAUGCCAACGGUUCAUUAAUGAUCUAUGCAUUAGUUUGGCUCUCGUUGGCCAUGACAAUGGAGGCCAUAGAAGCCCCACUGCCUUUGUCGCUGGCGGAGUUUCCUAUUCUGCCGUUCGAACAUGGCAAACACCAUUACCAGCAGGAAACGAGUGCGGCGGAAUCGCUGUCGGGAUUAACAGGAUAUACGCGAAAUUAUUAUGGCCCCACUGACACUGCAACGGCCGAUGACUUGGCAACAUAUGGAAAUUAUGCUCACAAGCUCCUGGCCGCCACCCACCACAAUCCACAUCCCCUGGCCGCCACCUCCUCCUCCUCCCUGGGCACCACGGCCAAUGGCUUUGUGCCCUUCUACUUCGGCGGCACCAAACUGCACUCGCAAUUCACCGAGGAUGAGGAGCCGCGUCGCGACCCAUCGGCAAAUAUCGAUUUUGUCAUUAAUACGGCAAAUUAUGAGCCAAAUUCCAAUUCCGGUGGCUAUGAGGAGGAGUCCCGGCACAGGGAGCCCUACGAAAGCUAUGCAUAUCGGUCGCGGGUGCCGUUUCCCACGUCGCCACCCAGUCAUUACCAUUUCGAACAAAUUUCCAAUUAUCGCGAGAAGGGGCCACAGGAGCAACAGGAUCAGCAGAAGGACAAAUCCAGUGUCUAUGCGCGGCUCAAAGAGCUCCAAACAUUGGCUAACCCUGUGAAGCGUCAGCAGGAGGCAUCCUUAUCGAGUCAUCACCAAAAUCAGGAUCUACAACAGCAACAGCAAUUGGAACAACUGCAACAUCAGCAAUUGGAACCAAGACAGCUGCAACAACAUCAACUGGAGGCAAGACAGCUCCAACAUCAGCAACUGGAGGCAAGACAUCUGCAACAUCUGCAACAGAAGCAUCCAAAUUCCCAUGAUCAACGACAGCAACAACGACUUGGAGUUGCCCAGGAUCAGCAACUGUUGUACUCCCACAAGGACAGCCAGACUGCCGAUCUGCCGGCCAUAACCACCAGCGUUCGCCAUACUCCAGAGAGCAGCAAAGCCAUUGCCGGAUUUCCGCUGGCCAAGCACAUCGAAAUCACGAAGAAUGUGCCCGUCACCCACUACCAGAAACAGCAUGUUCCCUACAAGCAGACUGUCCAGAUGCAAGUGCCCCGCACGGUGAUUGCUGCCAUACCGAAACCGUUGCCCAUUAAAAUACCCGUGGCCCAAACUGUGGCAGUUCCUCAGCUGCAGGAGGUGAAGAUUCCCAUCGAGCGGGUGAAACCAGUGCCCGUGGAGCGACCCAUUCCAUUUGUGGUGGAGCGCAGGGUGCCGUACCGAGUGGAGAAGCCGGUCGUCUCGCCAGUAUAUUAUCCGUAUCCGGUCAAAGUGCCAGUGGUGCGCACGGUGGUGCACAAGCAGCGACCCCACUACGUGGCACCCGGCUGGAGUGCCACCGGCAAUCAUCUGCUGGGCUGAGUUCGGCAGCUCGCUUAACUUCUACUAUAUAUGCAUAUGAUGUUAAGUUCCAAA